AUGGCUGACAUAUUGCCUGAAUGCCUCGUUCAAAAUAUACUUUGUUAUCUUAGUUUUAAAGAAGCAGCCAAUAUGAGCAUUCUAUCCAAAACAUGGCUACAAGCAUGGUUGACUCUUCCUCACUUGGAAUUCACCUUUGAUUAUCUCAAAGGCAAAAUGAAAAAAGUCGAUAAUAUCAUGGAGAGAUAUAGGGACGAAAAAAUCCCCAUAGAAAAGUUUGAAUUAUCAUACUCUAGCGUUAUCCCUCUCAUUAAUAAGUGGAUUGACAUUGCACUUCAGAAUGGUGUAAAAGAUCUGGUCUUUGAAGCUUAUAGCUAUACAUCAUACCCCUUGCCUUUGUUCAAAAUCUUGGCAGCAAGAUCUUUAAGAGAAUUGAUUCUGCGUGGUUGUAAUUUGAAGCAUGUUUCGUUAUCUAGUGGUGUGGCAAGCUGCAAUUCAUUGAGAAAGCUUUCUCUAUCUUCUGUAAGUUUAAACGAAAACAUGCUUCAGACUCUACUUAACAGUUGUCCCUUGAUUGUCAGUUUCAUCCUUAAGUAUUGUUCUGGGUUCGAAAAGAUUGAGUUAUUGAAUCUUCAAAAAAUCAAGUCAGUUUCCAUUAGGCCAUUUAUAAACCAGCGUGUUAAAAUCCACGCACCAACCAUUGUACAUUUGUCUUAUUGUUGUUAUUCAUUGGAAAAAUUGGAUGUUGUUGAAUGUCAAAAUCUAAAAUCUUUAGAUAUAUCAGAUGUGAUUCUAUGUAAUGGAUUUCUCCAGAACCUUAUUUCUAGAUCUCCAAAUUUGGUAUCACUAGAGUAUAAAGGGCAUCAUGCUCCUGAGGUCAAAAUUACAAAAGAGUCUAGCCUAUUGAAGCACUCAAAAAUUGCUCUUCAAUGCUACAACAAUUUAAAUGCUGCAUGGUUUUGUAAGUUGAGGAAAUUUCUCUCAAACUUGACAUCUUGGUGUCAAGUUUCUCUUGAUUUUUCCGGACGCAAUGAGAUCAACAUGAAAGAUUGGCAACUGCAGCACGGAGUUGCUACCCCCCAAGUGGACGUUUUAAAUGUAAAAAUUUCAUGGCUGAAUAGGGAGUGCCCAAUGUUUGUGGAUGCUUUGCUAUGGAGUUGUCAUCCUAGAAGACUCAACCUACAUUCAACAAGUGAAAUGUUAACAUGGUUCAUUAAUGAUCGAUUGAUGUAUCUGAAGAAUUUGAGUCACUCUCCUCCUCACGAAAGCGAGCCUUGGCAUAGUCAAUUAAAAGAAGUAAAAGUUUUUGAUGGAAAAAAUGAGCCGCUGCAACUCAGAAGUGGGAAGCUGGCAAUAAGGACCCUUACAGAUUGGGAGGAAGUUUAUUUUUUAUUAGAAUGGUGA